AUGGCCUUAAACAAGAUAAAAGGUUUGAAACUUGAUGAAAAAGAGCGCGUAACUGUGGACUACGUGAAGGGAAUUCUUCAACCCACACCCACUUGUGAAACCUGGGAUCAGAUCUGGAACUUCCAAGCCAAGCCUGAUGAUUUGCUUAUUGCUACCUAUCCCAAAGCAGGAACAACAUGGACUCAGGAGAUAGUGGACUUAAUACAAAAUAAAGGUGAUACUGACAUAAGUAAACGAGCACCCAUUUAUAUACGAAUUCCUUUUAUUGAAUGGAUAAUUCCAGAAAUAGGAUCUGGUUUGGAACAAGCUAAUGCAAUGCCCUCACCACGGACUCUGAAAACUCAUCUUCCCAUUGACCUUCUACCUCCAUCCUUCCUAGAGAAAAACUGUAAGAUAAUUUAUGUAGCAAGAAACCCCAAGGACAAUAUGGUAUCUUACUACCAUUUCCAAAGGAUGAAUAAAGCACUUCCUGAUCCAGGAACCUGGGAAGAGUAUUUUGAGAGUUUUCUGGCUGGGCAAGUGUGCUGGGGUUCAUGGUAUGACCAUGUGAAAGGAUGGUGGGAAGCCAAAGACAAACAUCAAAUUCUCUACCUCUUUUAUGAGGAUAUGAAGAAGAACCCAAAGCAUGAAAUUCAGAAGUUGUCAGAAUUUAUUGGAAAUAAUGUACAUAAUGAAAUUCUAGAUAAAAUUGUCCAUCAUACUUCAUUUGACAUAAUGAAGCAGAAUCCAAUGGCAAACUAUUCAUCGCUUCCUGUCAUGGACCACUCCAUUUCUCCAUUCAUGAGAAAAGGGACAGUGGGAGACUGGAAGAACUACUUCACUGUAGCUCAGAAUGAAAGAUUUGAUGAAGACUACAGGAAAAACAUGGCUAAUACCAGUCUCACUUUCCACUUCUCACUCUAUUUCACCACGGGUGUCCAUCAUGAGCCAAUGCAAACCAAGACUGGUAAGAAACUGGCCUUUUCCAUCCAUGAUCAAGGGAAGCCUAAAAAUAGUCUACUAUAUCAAUAUGAUAAAGGGGCUGAGGGAGAAGAAACAGAAAGUGGAGAAGAGGAAUCUGUGGUUCCUAAUUCUUCUCUAAUAGAAGCAGACUCUGGAGAAGUAAGCCCCAGCCCCACUUUCCACUUCUCAUUGGCUUUGGAACCUUAG